UCUGAGCCAUCCCGCGGCCAAAGGAGAGGGAGCAGCUCGGAGCCCCGCAGCGCCAUGGCUUGCCUCACGGUCUACAGCACCUCGGUGACCGGCUCCCGGGAGAUCAAAUCUCAACAGAGCGAAGUGACCAGGAUCCUGGAUGGAAAGAACAUCCAGUACGUUCUGGUGGAUAUUUCCCAGGAUAAUGCCUUGCGGGAAGAAAUGAGGGCCAAAUCGGGCAACCCCAAAGCCAUCCCUCCGCAGAUUUUCAAUGGGGACCACUACUGCGGGGACUAUGAGUUAUUUGUGGAAGCAGUGGAACAAAACACCCUGCCAGAGUUCCUGAAGCUAGCCUGAGUGUGUUACUUCUCUUCCUCCAUCCUUGCUGGCCUUCUCCCUCCCUUCUUCCCCACCCCAACCAAAACUUGAACUUUGCAUUCCGGAUGAAUCACCACCUAACCUCGUAAGUCAACGUCGAACCUGUCCUGGCCCUGUAGGACCAAACCUCUGCUCCCUUCCAGCUGCCUGACUUCUGUUGCCUGCUUCACUCAGUAGGGCCUUGGAAGGGAAUCCACCAAAAGACACUUUGCACAUUCCCUCAAAUGCCAUGCCUCGGUUCUUGUGCCUCUCUGGAUAAAGAAAUCUGCCCAGUCCAAGGACCUUGGAGUUUGUCUUCCCCAUUUUGUUGUAAAAGCUGAACAUGGGCUUGGGUGUUGCCUCCCAUCUUAUCACCAUUUGCCCUUCGAUGUGCAAACACUCAACACUGCAUGUCCUCUUUCAUUUUAUUGCAGAAAACUAAUACAGCAGAAAGCCUGUUUCUUUUUAUUACAAGGCAGUGCAAAAGCGCUGCACCGGGGUCGUGGG